CUACCAGCAGCUGUCCCCUCCUGGGAACUAAAGAGGAAGCAGAGACACUGUCCUGGAGGCCCCAUGGAGAGCUGGCCUCGGCGGUGCUGGGCCCCACGGGGCCCCCUCGUAGCCCCCUGGCUCCUGGGCUUGCUGCUGUGCCCCUGGACCCUGCGGCCCACAGGAGGGCAGUCGGUGACCCACACUGGCCUCCCCAUUGUGGUCACUCUGGCCAACAAGUCCAUCUCCUUCAACUGCAGCAUCACCUACCUGUACACCCCAAAACUGAAAGACUUCACGGUCAGCUACUUUUAUGUCGACCGCCAGGGCCAGCAGGGAAGGGAGCGGAGGACUGGCUGCCAGCCCAUCGUGGGCACAGAGAACCAGACCCUCACCACGCAGUGCAGGGUCUACCCCAAGCUGUCCAACGCGUCGGCCACCGGCACCUACUACUGCUUCGUCCACUGGCCAGACUUCCAUGUGAAAGGCAAUGGCACCUUCAUCCUGGUCAGAGACACAGGCUACCAAGAACCCUCAAGGGCCCCCCAGAAUGUCCUGCUCUUUUGCUUCAUCGGCCUACUGAGUGUCCUGAGCAUCCCGUGCACGGCUCUGCUGCUCUGGAAGAAGAAACAGAUGAAGGGCUCACACAAACGCCGAGCCCGGAAGGGUCCAUCUCCAGCCCUGGCUCCGGGCCCGGCUGCAAGCACAGCCAGACCAGAGGAGCCUCCGGCCGAAUCCCUCUACACGGCCCUGCAGCGCCGGGAGACUGAAAUCUACGCCUGCAUGCAGCCCGAGGCCCACAGAACAUCCUCCAGCGGGAGCCGUCUCUCGCAGGAAAAUCCACAGAGGUUGGAGAGCGACGGUGAAUUUAACCUGGUCUAUGAAAAUCUUUAGGACAGCUCCACCUGACCAUAGGUUUUGACCUGGAUCAGAGGUCCUGGUGCAGGCCCUCCCUCCAAAGGACCUGAUCUGGACCCAGGGUGAGGCCCUGGAGCACCCCCUCACUCACCCACACAUUCCAGGCCCUUCCUGCCUCCGCCCGCCCCGGCCCCAUUCUGCACCCAGGCUCGCCCACUGAGUAUUUCCCAUCUCUAGGCCUUUGUCCAAGUUGUUCUCUCUGGGAGGAGGGCCCUUCCUCAGUCUUCCAGGGCUCUCAUGGACCCCGCCCAUUCCCAGAGCCCUCCUCACCCCCUCGACACCCAUAGGCUCUCUUGACACCAGCCUGCAUUUCGGCCUACUAGGCGACUGGGAGCUCCUUGGGAGGGACCUGGCGAGGGACCCUCAUCUGUGCUGUGCGCACACAAAGCGGAUGAAUAAAGGAGCAACUCUGCAAAUGG